CCACGUUAGUUUUUAUUUAUAUGUAUUAUUCGAAGGCCCUACACUAUUAAUGUUUUUUUUUUUCAAUCGCAUAUUUCCAAGUUCAAAUUAUUUGCUAAGAUACCAGCAAUUUGUAAUCUAUCAUUAUAUAUUAUAAAGUAAUUUGUAAUUAUAUUCUGUUGACUUUGGAUCUAUGUUUUACAUGUUUAUCACGCAUUUCUGACAUUUAACAGCUACUGAAGUGCUCAUUUGCUGGAAGAUUGCAGCGUGACCAAUCAACUGCUGAGAAGAUGGACGCAGAUGUGUUCAGGGAUAGUCCUGCCCGGUACUUGGGCUACACGAACGAAGUAGGAGAAGCGUUCAGAGUGGUGUUGCCGACGAAGGCUGUCUGGUUUACUUACGGAGUGGCUAGUGGGUAUGUGGCGUGUGACGCGGUGGACAAGGGGUUCCGGGUGUUCACCGGAUGGCCUGGGGAGGACCCCGAGGGGAGGACGAGGCUGACUCUGCUGAAGACUGUGGAUGCGUUGGUGUGGCAGUCCCUAGCCUCCGUCAUAGUGCCUGGCUUCACCAUCAAUCGCCUGUGUUGGGGUACCCGCACGAUGUUAGUCAAGGGAGUCAGGCUCCCCGGACACGUGGGCAAGUACAUGUCCGUGGCAGUCGGUCUGGGGGCUAUCCCCUUCAUAAUCAAGCCUAUAGACAGAGUAAUCGACCACUUCAUGGACCUUGUGGUGCGCCCGUGUAUUUUAAAAACAAGGCAUAACUGAUACUAUGCCAUAAACCUUUAUUAAAUAUUGUCAAUAGCUUAGUUUGUUUUUCAAUUAGUUAUUGUGACAGAUCUGUGAAAACAGUAUUUAAAUCAGAAGAUGUAGAUCGUUAUACAUUAGGAUAAAGGUUUCCAUAUGUUUUACCUACUGACACUAGGAGGAAUAAGUUGAACUUAUAUAUGAGUUUUAAUUGUGUCAGGUCAAAAUGUCUACCAUAUCUCCAAAACACCAUACCUUUGAUGUUAAUCUAUUCAUGUUAAAUUAGACUUGUAAAAGUUUAUUGGUUCAAACGUCAAAAUUAGAUUUCCAGGAUAAUUUAUAUGGUGAUGAAACUUUAAAAAUGGUCACUUCACGGAUUAAUGAUUGUUUUUCCUUCCAUAACACCAGAGACUAAUGCCAAGCUAGUCUACUCACAAGAAAGACUUGUACAUUAAUAUUUCAUAUAUCAGGAUCCUGUUAUUCCUUUUUUAACUAAGUGGAUAAGCAACACUUUAAAGAAGCGCCAAUUAUGGUUCAAUAACAGAAUACUGAAGUUCUGGAAUAAAAACCGCUCUCCACGAUUCGUUAAGUUCUGUGGAACAAGAACUUGAGCUUGCUCGGCAAUAUUUCGAGUUGGGUGAUUUUGCUUCGUACCAACAAAGUACAUUAAUUUUCCGUACUGAUCAAUACACCACUCAUUCCUUUAAAAUGGCAAAAACAUUGCCUUGGCGUUCUUCCUUUCCGCUUGCCACAUUGCUUUGCUUUCAAGCAUCGUUCCCACGACUGUUUCGGUGGUGCAGCAUACAUCUCCAAAGUGGUGAAGCUCUUCGUGAUGCUCUCGAACCAUCGACAACUGAAGAAUAUAUGACCAUUGUUAUCACGGUCCUGUGAAUAGCACUUACAAGAAAGAACGUUGAUUCCUCUCUCAUAGACCGUUAUGUUCUCAAACCAACGUCAUGAUGGCCAUCACACGACCAUGGUCAUCGCUCCCAUGACUGUUUCGGUGCAGCAUGCAUUUCUAAAAGUGGUGAAGCUCUUAGUGAUGUUCUCGAACUAGCGACAAAUUAACAAUAUAUUACCAUCACUAUCAUGGUCCUGCGAUCAGUAUUAAAAAUAAAAACCUUGAUCUCUCCUUUACUAAUUAAACUUAUAAAAUGUCUUCGACUAGAACUUAUCCGAUGUGAAAACUAACAUAUCCUAGACAAACUUAGAAUCUAGAACGUAUGGUCUAGAACAAUAUUCCGUCCGUCCACCGCCUGGUCUCAACGAGAUGUUGUUUUGCAAACCUUCAGUUCAGUUUAAGCACUUCAAGCCUAACGAUCAUUCCAACGGGAAGGAAUAAUUUUCCCUCAGUUUACUCCAAAAUUUGAUUUGUCUUUACAAAUUGAAUACUAAUAUCAA